AUGGCGACCGACGCACCCGCCUCGGAGUGCUGGCUGCUCGACGCCGGCCUGCCUGGCGCCGUGUCUCACGUCGCAGCCGGCCGCUUCAGGGGCCAGGGCAGCUUGGACGUGGCCCUCGUGAGCGCGCGGCACGUGCAGCUGCUCGGCGACGCGCCCGGCCACGGCCCGCGCCGCCGCCUCGACCGCGUGUGCGUGCACCAGGUGCACGCGCCCAUCAGGGACGCGAAGACCGUGCCUCAUUCGCAGGCCGACCAGGAUUGGUUGGCGCUGCUGGUGGCGCCGGGCACGCUGCUGCUGCUGCGGUUCCAUCAGGAGUGGGCCAGGCUUGCUGUCGUGCAGCGCGUGUCGCUCUCUGCGGCGUGCGAGCGGCGCGUGGCGGUGCUGCCAUUGGACACUGCCGAUGGCGGCGGCGGCGGCGGUAUGCGGAUUGGGGCCCCGGCGCUGUUCACAGGGGCGGGGAACGCCGCGCCUGUCGCCGGCGCGCGGCCCCUGCCCGUUGCCAGUGGCGGCGGCGGCAACAGCGGCGCGGGCUGCCCAGGGGAGGGCACAGGCGCUGUGGCGGAGGCUGGUGGCGGCCUGGGGUCGAUUUGGGACAUUGCCUUCCUCGACACGCCCGGUGCUGGCGGCGGCGUCGGUGUUGGCGCCGGCGUCGGCGGCAGCUUGGCUCCCAGCCGCAUCGCCCGUGCCGGCGGCUCGCGCGCGCCGAGCCCCGCGCAGCACCUGGUGGUGCUGACUCACCGCAAAGGGGAGCUCUCCAGCGAGCUGCUGUUCCUGCGCUGGGCGCGCGCCGGCGGCGGCGCCGCCGCGGGCGCGCUGCAGCAGCUGCUGAGCGUGGCCGCGCCGCACGGCGGCCGCGGCGCGCUGGUCGGCGUGCCGUGCCGGCUUGCGCCAGUGCCGGGCAGCCCCUCAGGCGGCAUAGCCAAGCUGCUGCUGCUGCUGCUGCUGCUGCUGCUGCUGCUGCUGCUGCUGCUGCUGCUGCUGUUGAUGCUGCUGCUGCUGCUGCUGCUGAUGAUGAUGAUGCUCUUGAUGCUCCUGGAGCAGCACCAGCAGACUCUGCGGCAGUUCGAGGAGCAGGAGCAAGAGCAGCAGCAGCAGCAAGAUCAGCAGCAAGAUCAGGAGCAGGAGCAGGAGCAGGAGCAGGAGCAGGAGCAUCAGCAGCAGGAUCUGGGGCUCAACGGCGCCGCAGAGCGGUGCAGCCGCACGAGCCUGGCGCUGCUCGCGCAGGCCGUCGCGGGCAGCAGUCACGACAUGCUGUUUGCGCCCACGGGGCCCCCGCGCGAGGUCGCCGCGGCGUUGCCGGCGCUGGUGCCGUUGGAGUCCUCUCCGUUCGCUGCGCCUGGUGUCUCGAUCGCGGACGGCUGGGACGCCCCGCCGCCCGGGAGCAUGCUAGCCUGGCGAGCGCAUGCGCGCCCGGAUGUGGAGGGUCGUGAGCGCGAGCAGCAGCCGUCCGCAGCGCCACCAGGAUCCAUGGCCUGGGCGUGGCUCCCGCCGCUGCUGCUUCCUGACGGUCCGAUCUCGGCGGCCGACGCUGCAGCUGACGCGAUCGCUGCCCUCGACCCGCCCUGCGGCAGCCCCAUGCAGCUGGACGGCCCCCCGUCGCCUCCGCCGCCGCAGCAGCAGUUGCCCUCGCGCGGCGUCGAGCGCCGGCUGCUCGUGUGCCGCGUGGCGGGGAACUUGGAGGUGUUCUCGUUUCCCGCGAUCGAGAGCGAGGCGGCCGGCUCGUGCGCUGGCGGCGACGCAGGCGCCGCUGAGCGCGUGCUGGGGUCGCUCGUGGAGGUUCAUCAGUCGCGCGCGGCGCUGGCGGCGGUGGCGGCGCUGCCGCAGGGGCGGCUGCUCGCGGUGCAGCGGAGCGGGGACGCCCUGCUGCUCUCGCAGCCGCCCGUGGACGCCGCCCCCUGA